AUGGCUGAUAAUCAAAAACAAAAUAAACAACCCGAUUACGAGGUUCAAAAAACACAAUUGUCUGGUCAAUUGAAACGUAUACAACAAUUAUUAAAAAAUAAAACCGAACAAAACGCACAAUUACAAACAAAUUAUAAUGCUCUUCUUAAAAAGUUAACUAACUUAGCACCAGAUGUAAAUGCUGCUGUAAAAAAAGCAUUACAAGAGUCACAACCUUUAUUUGAAGAUGCUUUAAAAAAAUCAUUAGAAAAUUUAAAUAUAGCAAAAGAUAUUAAAGAUAUUAAAGAAGCUGUAGAUAAAAUUGAUAACGAAGAUUUAAAAAAAAUAAUUAAUGAAAAAACACAAUCAAUAGAAACUAAAAUUGAAAAUAUUAACAUUUCAGAAUUACCUAAACCACCUGAUGUUGAUUUAUCAGAACUUUUAAAAGAAGCACGAGAAAUACAAUGA